AUGACAAUGAAUUGGCCUAAAUUUAAAAAACCAAAAUGGUUUAAAUUCAUCGUACCGUCAAUCGUCCUUGGGUUACAAGUUUAUGGGACUUGGGGAUUCUCUCAUAAAUUAUGUUAUAAUAUGAUUUAUAAGACAUUCCAUAGAGAAUCCAUUGCUAUAGGUUUAAUAACAAUUGUCUCGACUCUAGAUCUAGUCGUUAUCGCUCUUUGGGUUCAGGUAGUUUUAAUUAUUGGUCCUGGCAAACAACCAUUUGUACCACCUUUCCAAUUAUUUACAAAUGAUACGGAAAGUGAUGAUGAUGAUAAUGAAACUGCAGUAUUACCUCCAAUAACAUAUCAAUGCGAUCCUCAUGGUUAUCCCUUCUGGUGUAGUGAAUGUCAAAGUUUGAAAUUGGAAAGAACUCAUCAUUCUUCGGCAAUGGGUCAUUGUGUUCCCAGAUUCGAUCAUUAUUGUGUUUGGGUAGGAACCGUGAUUGGUAAAGACAAUUACUUAUUAUUUUUACAAUUCGUCGCUUAUUAUGCAAUAAAUUUAUCCAUAAUUUGGGUUUCAAUCGUAUCAUAUAUUCAUAUGAUUAUUAGAAAAAGGCCUAAUCAACCACAUCAUCAUUUUAAUACAAAUUUAAUUAUCAUCCUAGUAUUUGCUAUAUUAGGUUGGUUGUUCACAGUAGGCUUAUUCUUUGCAAAUAUUUAUUAUAUUUCUAAAAAUCGUACUUCUUUAGAAAUGCUUUUACAAAAGCAUAAAAAAAAUUCUCCAUUAAAAAAAAAAUUCAUCUGCCAUUAUUCCAAAAUUAAUAAAUCUAGAUACGUAGUGGAAUUUACCAACGAUGGAUUUUUCGAUUUUUGGAAUAAAAGCAAAAUUUAUACAAAUAUUAAAGAAUUUUUAGGUUCAAAUAUACUGUUUUGGUUUAUACCUUUACCUAUGAAUAGAUACAAGUCCUCUCCACCUUUCUUUAUCAAUAAUAAUUAUGAAAUUAAUACUGAUGAAAAAUUUUCAACUCAAAAUAAGCAUUUACACUUAGAGAAUGUUUUAGGUCCCUAUUUAGAAACUUAUGGUGAUGAAACAAUACGACGAAUUAAUGAAAAAAUCAAUAAUAUGGAAUAUAUUACAACUUUAGAUGCUUAUGGCGAUAAAUAUAUGAAUGAAAACGAUAAUACAUUAUAA